AGAGACGUUGCGCAGAUGCAGGCACGAGGUCCUGCGUAGUUGGAAGAUGCGUGUUUAAAUGGAACGAUCAGAGAGCUCCGGGGAUCUCGGUUUUUUUUUUGCUGUUCGCCAAUUGUGCUGAAGAGUUUGGGAGGCGCACGUUUCGACCGCAGUUUGUUACGGAGAGCGUCGCUUUGCCGACAACUUCAGUUUUAGGUUAAGAGUUUGCACCAAUUCAACAUCGGUUAAACGCCACCUCCCAAUAGCACGGUUGGCUACGUACGCUGCGAAAUAAGUUCAACAUACGUACAGCCUCUAAGGCCACGUCAAGGCAGGAUGCGAGAGUGGACGGAGUCGAUUGCGAUGCCGAGCUGGCCUUUGGCAGCAUGGAAAUGAUGAUCGACAUCACAGCUGCAGAGGUGGCGCUUUCUAAGAAACAGGAGAUAAUUUUAGAAGAGCAGGGGACCUAGGAUGGAUUAUUGUGGCACACCCACACAGCACUGGAGUUUCUCAGAGGCAGUGGUGCCCUAGUUAUGGGCAUUGAAGGAGCUGAUUGAGGUCUAAGGGCAGGAGAGGAGUGACAUGGAAAACUCCUACAUGGUUAUGGAGAAAGUCAAGGAAGAUUGAGUGGCAGAGAGACCCAAGUUGCUCAAUGUUCAAUCAUGACCCUGUACUCGUUCUGGGCGACUGGAUAAACGGGACCAUCGGUGUGACAAAUCAAAUGAAUAUAAAUUUAGGAUGUCCAGGAGAGAACCGUGGUUUGAGGCGAGAAGUUCAUCUACCACACGUAGGAGUCUUUGAGUAUAAUUUAUAGAAGAAACCGGAUUGUACUGGGUAAUAAGAGACCACGGAGAGAUGGGAGUGCAUAUAUGUAAAGUCCUAGGAACAAUAAUCCAUUGUAGGACUUCUUAGGGGAUGUAAAUUAUGAGCAAACCUGUGAGUUUUCAGGUCCAUACGGCGUACAGCCGUUACAAUACGGGCAAAACACACGUGUUGGUGUUUCUCUCCUUGUGAUGGGACUUUGUAGGAUGAACGUUGAUAUUAAUAAAGGCACGGGGUUACCAAUAAGGUCUGUACGAAGAUAGGCACUGACAAUAAGGAGUUCACAGGUAUGUAUUAGGGAUGUUGGAGGCCCACGUGGGGUUUUUUUCAGGAUGGGAGCUCAGCAGGCUUGAGAGCUUGCAUGAGAUGGAGGCAUUGUACCGUAGCUGUGCUGUGAUUCAUCCAUUAUUGCAAACAUGAUGCCUUGAAUAAAGGUGUCAGUUUGUGCCAGUUAAAAGGGUAAAACCUAUCCCUAUAUCCAGACAUAUAUGAAUUAGCAUAUAAAGCGAACAUCGAUUUGUCGCGAGUGCGAUUCCAUCCGUAUAUUGGCGCAUUAGAAUCGAUGCGCAAGGAUUCGAAUAUCGUAUAUUGAAUAUCCAACACUACCAAUCUACAAACAUAUCGAUUCAUACGUUUGUAAUUACAAACAUACUUUCCAGCGUAACCCCCUCAUUUAAUUAUCUAAAACGUAAUAUUUCUAACGGUGUGAAUAAAAAAAACAACGAACAUUCAAAGGAAAUUUGUUUUAGGGGUCAAUUAAUUGGGAGUCACAAAACAAAUCUGGAACACCCUGUACUUAUACCGUCUUUGUACAGCACGGUAUAUAGUUGGAAUCUAGAAUGUCCUUUUGAAUCUAUGGAAUCUACACAGGCGUUCAUGAAUAACAAUAUACACGGUAUAGCAUCUGUAGUGAUGUGACUCUCUUCUCGUAAAAUAUGAAUGGAUGAUUUUUAUUGGUAUUAAAAAAAACACUAGUAGCACGUGCAUUAAAGACUGUUGUAUACAUUUGUCAAGUAAUUUGCACUAGAAGUACAAUACAGCAAAGCAAAAAUAAUGAAAAUGCAAUAGAAAAGUUACGGGAAACUGAAUACCGUGAUAAUCAUCAAAUCGUAACCAUCUAAUAUCGUCUCGUGCAUUUGUAAAACACCUCCUGGUCGACUAAGUCUCUCCCAUUGUCUGUCGUCGCCACACCUUUAAUAAUAAUUUUAAUUUAUCAUAGUGCAUUCCAUCCUAGGAUGCAUGGAAAUCAAAAAAUAAAAACAACCAGGUCAACCGACCAAACUGAAGAGUGAAGGCCACUUUAAAGAGACGGCUUUUCAAAACAGACUUAAAUAUACCUACCGACGCUUGGGUGCCACGCGAACAAAAAGCCGGGUCGCCAAAAAUAGCGCAAACUAGAGACCCUGGGAUUGCUGAGCAGUUGGAGAUCAGAAGAUCUUAAGGACAUUGAUGUAAUAUAUAAUUGUACUAAUUCCUGCAAAGUGGGGCGGCGAACCCUUUUAAAGCCGAAUACGUUAAUAACAGCAUCUUAAAAUAACUUGGGUUCUGGAAGCGCCGUCACCUCUCAUCCCAUUGCAACUUUGACAGCCCUGUGUGUCCGCUUGGCCGCCUUUAGCACGCCCGGGUGAACUUUAAAAACCCGGCACCUCCGUUUUAAAACAACACACACACAACAAUCGAUUCCUUCGCGAUUCCUUCCCAGCGUCUCUCAAUAUGCCGGGGGGAAUCGAUCGUCUCCAGACCUGAGAAUCGAUAGUAAGGGAUCGCGGCGUCUCCGCGGUUGGGCGGUGUUUGUGUUGUUGCUGGUGGCGUUGCUGCUGGUACAAGUGCCGUGUGGUAGUAAAUGUGCGCGGUCCCUGGGCUCGGUCGAUCCCCUCUCGUCUCGCUGCCACCACCGCCGCUACCGCCGCCGCGAUGUCCGCUCUGUACGCCUGCACCAAGUGUCACCAGAGAUUCCCCUUCGAGGAGCUCUCCCAGAGCCAGCAGCUGUGCAAGGACUGUCGCAUCGCUCACCCCGUCGUCAAGUGUACCUAUUGCCGCACCGAGUUCCAGCAGGAGAGCAAGACCAAUACCAUCUGCAAGAAGUGUGCCCAGAAUGUAAAACUGUACGGGACGCCCAAGCCGUGCCAGUACUGUAACAUAAUCGCGGCGUUCAUCGGCACCAAGUGCCAGCGCUGCACCAACUCGGAGAAGAAGUAUGGGCUGCCCCUCGCCUGCGAGCAGUGCAAGCAGAGGUGCGCCUUCGACCGCAAGGACGACAGCAAGAAGAAGGUGGACGGGAAGCUGCUGUGCUGGUUGUGCACGCUGUCAUACCGCCGCGUGUUGCAGAAGGCCAAAGAGCAGCACCGAGGGCUGGGGGCAGCGCAGCACCGCUCCUCCCAGGACGAGCGGCAUGGGGCGCGCAAGGAACAGCACACGCACCGACACCACAAGUCUCCUGGCCCUGCCUCCCAGAACGAUCCCCCGCAGAAGAAGCCCAAGGUGGAGAACAAACCCAGCAAUGGAGACAGCGUAUCCGGUGACGCCACCAUGGACUCGGCGAGCUCGGACAACUUCAUCCUGAUCACUCAGCUCAAGGAGGAGGUGGCUCUGCUGAAGAAGCAGCUCCAGCAGAAGGAGGGGCUCAUCCUGGAGAGAGAUCGCAAGCUCACAGAGAUCAAGGCCGACUUCCAGUACCAGGAGAAUCUGAUCCGAACCAAGAUGAACAACAUGGAGCGCACGCACAAGGAAUCCAUUGAGCAGCUCCAGUCUAAGAACCGAGAACUCAUAAAGCAAGUUUCCAGCCUAUCCAAGGGCAAGAAGCUGGAUCGAGCCCCUGUAGGGACUUCAUCGCCAUAAUCUCUCCCUCGACCAGAACCACUCCUCCAGUCACCUCACCCCCUCUCCUGCCAUCCAGGAAUUUUAUACUGCAGCAGACUUGUGCGGACUUAGGGAAACCUUCACAGUUCUGCACGGUGCGCGACUAUGCCUUUUUAUCGACGAAGCCACACUUUUUAAACGCGAGUUAUCCACGUUUGAACAUGCUUCGCCCGAUUUUUACUUUGUGUAACUUUUUACUCAAGGCAAGGCUGUACAGUUGGGGGGAAGGUGAUGAUGUUUUUAACUCAAAUCACGUUUUUAUACGAGCGACUGUUUUUAGUUGGUAUCGUGACGUCAGAAGGAAAAAUGCAACACAAAAAUUAAUCAAACGGAUACCUCUCAUCUUGAAUGAGACUCGCCUAGACUGUGUGUCGCCCACACUGUUCAGGCACGAGUUUCAUAAAAGCAUUUAAGGCAAUGAUCUGGUGCACCAUGAUCAUACUCGGGGUCAGUUAUAACUACAAUGACAUGAGUACCCUCAGCUGAAAUCACCAUUGCAUUUUUAUUGCAAUUUUUUUUACAGAAUACACAAUUACAGUUGUAAUUGAUUCUAGGUUCGACCAUAGUACACUCGUGAUGGCGCUUGAAGUGACAGUUGUAAGUGCGUGAAUUGGCACCACGGCAACAUUACAAUAGCAUUGUGGCAGUGUGCCUAACUGGCACAGUGCUCUCGUAGGGAUGGAGUGGUGGCGCAGUGGUUAGUUGGCACACUGUUGUUAACCUGGUGACCCGAGUUCAAUUCCUGUCCAUGGCUUACCUCAAGUGGCAAGUGAUAAAUGUACUGGCCCUGGCCUCCCACCUUCACCAACCCACAUUGACAAUUGUGGCGAACUAGGGUCAAACAACCCCCGUAAUGCACACGACGCGGGGAGGCCUUCAUUCUGCAGUCGAUUGACGAAGCCAAAGGGCUGUACACUUCUCAUUAACAUUCAAUCAUGUGUUGGCCAACCCUGGGGCACAUAGCUUAGGUGUCUGUCUACAAGGUAGGUGGUGGUUGUUUUUUUAGGUUGCAGUCUUAACGCACGAAGUGACAGACAAGCUGGUUAAGUACGUGGUAAAUGGAUGUCCACUGGCUAUGCAGGUUUCUCGUGUAACCAGUGGCAUUUCGAGGAGUGCCUGGAUGUGCAAGGGAAUUUAGAAAACAGUUGUCCACAGUUGAGAAAUAAUCUCGGUUGAUGGACAAAGGAGGAAUCCAUUUUCAUCUGUUUUACCCCUGUGAAGAAUUCACCUGGAAUGCACCCAAUCUCAGAUUUCGGACGCGAAGCAGGUUUGAGCCUUGAUAGUGCUUGGAUGGGCGACAACCAUGCAUAAAUAAAAGCUGUAGGCUGUUGCGGGGUUACGUCUUUGGAGGGAGGAGGACCAUAAAUGUACUAUACUCUCCAACAUCUUUGCUCUCUGCAUUCAACACACUGAUAAGUGGUGAAGUAUGGACUGUCAAAUAGCGCCCAUGACCCUGCAGAGUGUGGGGAGGCCCUCAUCCAUUCGUGGAUUGACAGAAGGGCUUUACAUAUACAUUUGUGGUGGAUAAACACCCAUAGAGUGUUGUACAGUGUUCAUAUUUGUUGGUGGGCCUGAGCCACUGGUGGAAAUCCAUGCUUACUAUAGCAGGAACCAGUUUCUGCAAAGGCCAGUGAAUUUGCUGAAAGUAUUUUCAAUUAAUUUAUCUCGGGAGGGUUGAGGAUGGUGGGCCAAGUCGACCCCCAACUGAGAUUUGAAUUGAACCUCCUUUUGAGUUGGUCACCCUACCACAGCCAUGCAGCCAGAUAUUCGUAUGUAAGAGGAAUUGUCAUGGUAUGAUUGGUAGAUGUGAGUAGCCAGAUGAGAGUAACUUGGCAGUGGUUUUAGUGCAGAUGGACUAUAAUGUGCUGCUGUUGGCCGGCCCUAUGUCGGUUUUUCAAUGUACUGACUGUAUUUCUGUUUUGUAUUCAUAACUUUUUUGAAAUAUGUUAAUUUCGGCAUGCUCUGAUUUUGUUUUUAAUGCUGCGGUCUAUAACGGUAAUGAGUUGUUCAUUUCAAGGGUAACUUUUAUUUGAAAGGCUUAUUUUUUUUUCCCACCAGCCAGUUUGAUAUUGUAUUGUUUAUUUAAAGCUUACAGGCAGACCUCGCUUAGCGCUACGCUGUCGAACGCCGAUUCGUUAUAGCGUUUUUUGUCCUGGAGAAACUUUCGGCUAAAAAAAAAACUAAUAUCUAAAAAGCGUGUAGAAUGAGAACAAGCAGUGCUGACCGAGGAAGGGCACCCGCCUCCAUAUUUGUUUACAUUCAAUGAGAGCGAUGAACGCUCUUGAGCAAAGCAGCGGUCGCCAGUAUUUUUUUUUUUAAACCACACCCGUCCACCGACGUGUUUUUAUUUCGCCUUGGUCUCUCUGCCUUAUCGUCUUUUUUUGUGAACAUUUUUGACCCAUAAUAUCUGGAAAAAACGUCUUGCGAGUGUUAGUGCCGGAAAUGUCACCAAAGUGUCACUUUGGAUGCUCAAAAUGCAAGUUAUACGGCGGGUCCAGGUGGGUGAGCGUCAGGUGUGUUGCACUGGCGAGUCCAGUACAUAAUGAUGUAAUACAAAUAUUUUUUUACUUCUAAAAUAAUGUGUACUCUCUAUUAUCGCUAUUACUGAAACCCCAAUGAAGCCUUCAUUGAUCAUACGCAAGACCUAACGCUGUCAGGAAUACAUCCACAUAUACGGUAUAAUAAUGACCCCUUUUAGCGCUCAUUCAAUUCGCGCUCCCUUCUUGGGCACUAAGCGAGGUCUAAGUGUAAUGGUUUUACUCUUGAUGACCUGGGAAUGCAGAUAAGUUCGCAAUAAACAAGGGCAUGGAAUAUUGUG